CGGGCGGGGCGGACAGGGAAGGGGCCGCGUGGGUGACCUCAGCGGUUCCGCCGCUCCGGGAAGUCGCCUCGGCCCGCCCCCUCCAGCCCCCGCCCCGAGUUUCGCUCUCUCCGGGGCGGGGCGAGCGGCGGGUGCUGCCCGGCCAGCCAAGUUGGAGCGCGCCCCGCCCGGCGCCCUCCCCGUCCCCGCGCCCUCCCCGCCGGGGCGCGCUGCCCGCAGCUCCGCGCGCGCCGGGGCGGCACCGGGGAGGGCGUGCGGCGCGGGCAGCGGCCGGAGAGGAGCUCGGGGCGGCGGAGGUGAUGACCGCGGCGGCAUGGAGUUCCCGGAGCACGGCGGGCGGCUGCUGGGCCGCCUGAGGCAGCAGCGUGAGCUGGGCUUCCUGUGCGACUGCACCGUGCUGGUGGGCGACGCGCGCUUCCCGGCCCACCGCGCCGUGCUGGCCGCGUGCAGCGUCUACUUCCAUCUCUUCUACAGGGACCGGCCCGCGGGCAGCCGCGACACGGUGCGGCUCAACGGCGACAUCGUCACGGCGCCCGCCUUCGGCCGUCUGCUGGACUUCAUGUACGAGGGCCGCCUGGACCUGCGCAGCCUGCCCGUCGAGGACGUCCUGGCCGCGGCCAGCUACCUGCACAUGUACGACAUCGUCAAGGUCUGCAAGAACAGGCUCCGGGAGAAGGAGCGCGCGCUGCCCCUGGAGACGCCUGCCCCUGGGGCAGAGCUGCCUGGCCAGCCCCCAGGCCCCUUGUCUGACUGGUCCCCUGUACUCUGUCCAGCCGCCCAGAAGACCAGGCUCCCUCCCGCUGGGGUCAAGGCCCCCCGCCCUCCACUGGCACUGGGGCCUCCCCCCUGGCAGGCUCCUGGCGAGUCAGACCGGGCCCUGGACCUGUCGCUGAAGCCUGGCCCGAGGCGGGAGCCAAUCCGCCCACCCUGCGUCCUCCAGACACCCCCUUGCAGCCGGAUGCAGCCAGGGGCGCAGCCGAUCGUGAAGGACGAGCCAGACUCUCUGUCCGAGCAAGAGGACAGCAGAAGCCCUCGGUGCCCCCACAGCCCCCUGCAGCCGCCCUGUGUUCCUGCAGCGCAGCACCUGGCCGGGGGCUUGGAGCCGCUGCGGGUCAGCGAAGUGGGCAGUGGGGAACUGGAGCUGGAGGCAGAGCGGGGGGCGAUCGAGGAUGUGCUGCGGCCGGGCGGGCGCCUCUGCCUCUGCCCCCUGUGCGGCAAGCUGUUCCCCAGCGCCCACGUGCUGCAGCUGCACCUCAGCGCCCACUUCCGCGAGCGGGACGGCGGCCGCGGCCGGCUCUCGCCCGACGGCGCGGCGCCCACCUGCCCGCUCUGCAGGAAGACCUUCUCCUGCACUUACACGCUGAAGAGGCAUGAGCGCACGCACUCGGGCGAGAAGCCCUACACGUGUGUGCAGUGCGGCAAGAGCUUCCAGUACUCGCAUAACCUGAGCCGCCACGCCGUGGUGCACACGCGCGAGAAACCCCACGCCUGCCGCUGGUGCGAGCGCCGCUUCACGCAGUCGGGGGACCUCUACCGCCACGUCCGCAAGUUCCACUGUGGCCUGGUCAAGUCCCUGCUGGUGUGACCUUCGCUGCAGGGGUGAGGGUGGAAGGAGGGGCGGAUGGAGUGUGAGGGGCCGGAGCUCAGCAGGUGAAGCCCCUGAGUCUGGGCCCGCCGGGGGAAAGAACCCUGCUGCCCUGGGAACGCAGCCUCAGACUUGCGCCGACUGGGAGCCCCACGGACAGCCCUUCUCCAGCCUUGUGCCUCCGCCAACUCACUCCUGCUCCUGGACGUGCCCUGACCAGACACCGCCCUCCUCUCCAUCCCCUCAGCCAGUCCCAAGGAGUGUCCGCAGCUCGAGGAGGCCCGUUGACCCUCCACUCGGGGCUUUGCUGACCAGCUCACCAGCAGGCUCAGGGGUACCCUGUGAGCCUGGCAUGGCACUCGGUGACGGAUGCCCGCUCACAGAUGCUGCCAGUGUGAGCCUCCGCCAGGGAGCUCUAAUGGGACAGGCUACUCCUGGCGGGUGGCAGUGGAAGCCCCUGCAGGGGAGGCCCCGGGCACAGUGAGAGCCAGCAGGGCACAGCUGGUGUGACGGGGGUGCAGGCCCCAGCAGGGACCCCAGGGCGGCAGGAGCAGAACCAGCCAGAAGCUGCGAGGCUCCAGAGUUACAGGCGCUGGGGUGGGAGGUAGGCCCUCCAGAGCUUUCGACCCUGACCACAGCGUAUCAGAGGGCAGAGAAAGUGGGGACUUGGAAACGAUUCUCUUUAGAUACAGAAGGAGCCUCCGGAGGUUGCCAGAUGUCUGCCCGUGGGUGAUGGGCCGUGCCGCUCCCCUGCCUGAGCGCAGGAUCCAGGGCGCCUCUGAGCCUCCCCAGGGUGGGACUGAGGGGGCUGGGAACGCAGCUGCCCGCCUUGAGUAUCGCAGGUCAACGGUAGGCCUGACCUUGAAGGUCACUUCUCCGCCUGCUCAGGGUCUCCCUGGAGCUGCUGGUCAUUUCCAGAGCACUGAGCAGGGGGGCUGAGGGCUGCUCUCUUUACCAGGAGCCGUGUUUGCAGCGUUUCCCUUCCCUACGGUGGGGCCUGGGUGAAAGCAGCCAUCUCGCGAGGAGGGGCGGCGGGGGGCCUCUGGGCUGAUGCCCCUGAGACGCAAAAGGCCGCCACAUUCGUGUUUGGUGGAGGGCACCCCGCCUUGCCUGCCGGCUCACCCAGCAGGGCUCGCUGCUGGAACCCAAGGGGGUGGGCAGGGGUGGGGCUGCCCCAGCUUCUGGGAGUCCCGCAGGUGGCAGAGCCACCUGGGUUCCUGGUUUCCCCAGACUGCAUGGGCUCUUUCUGCUGUGACUGGAAGUGGUGCUGAGGUCAGAGUUCAAGUUUAAAUGAUCUUCUCGGCCCCUGACAACACUUGAUGUCGUAUUUAUUCGUUUGCCUGGUCUGGAGUGAGAAGACCAUUGGCCUUUGCAGCAGGUGGACAGGCGGGGACCAUCUCCCUGCAAGCCCUCGGCUCUCCCGGUGUGUGGGCAACUGGCCUGCGGACCAGAGAGAGAGCUGGGGGAAGGGGCCCUCUGCUUCUGAGUGUCCUGGCCCCCCUCCACCUCUGGAAGGGCUGGUGGGACCUCACGCUUGGCAUGAUGUGCUUCAUGAUCGGAUUUCCGUGUGUGUGUGUGAGUGUGAGUCUGCCUGUGUGGGCAUCUGUGUCCAGCAAAGGCGGGGCCUGAGCCGGACCAGCAGCCGCGCGCCCACCCCAGCAGGCAGCGGGGAGAUGAGCAUCAGGCCUGGUUUUCCCCAAGGAGUUUCCACCGGGGAAGAAAUUUAUUUUCCUGGGGCAGGAAGCCUGCCCUGAGUUAUCAACACUGGAUUCAUUGUCUUUUGCAAACAGUUACUGUGAAGUUAAUGUACAGAGAGGAGGUCAGUUUUACAUUUAAUAGCUGACGCGGUUCAGAUAAAAUAGAUAUACAUACACACACAAGUAUAUUUAAGACGCUAAUCGUGUGCAUCGUGUAGCAGAGGUGCGUGUAAAUGCAUUUCGGGUGGAGCCUGCUGUGUGGGUCCCCCCGGGCGGCUCAGCCUCCCGCCCCUCGGUCACUGCUGUCCUGCCCCUGGGGGGCGGCUCUGGGUGCCCAGAGGACAGUUGUUGAUGCGUAGCGUUCCGCGGGAGGUUUUGUGUGCACGUGCCCGCCUGCUGUGAAGGUCUGGAAAUCAGUGCUGUCUUCCCAUGUUCUCAUCAUCGUCUCAAUGACAGUGGUAAUAAAGCCCACCCCAGGUGGA